UCCGGGUCACGUCAUCAUCCCUCACCCGGCACCGUGUCAACUUAGAGUACACCUCACACUUAGUUUCGCACAAGUUAUCUCUGAAAGCGAGGUAGCUUUUCACCUGUUAUGGCUGACCAGACUGUCGUGGAGAAAAUGAGCGAACUGCAAGUGGACGAAGGCAAAAAGGGAGAUGCUGGAAGUGGAAAAGAUGGAGGAAAGAAAAAGGCCAAAAAUGCAGGUGGGACCCCUGCAGGCAAGGCUGAGCUGUCGCCCCCACCUCAGUACAUCGAUGAGCGUCUCACUUUGUACACAAAGUUGAAAGCCGAGCAUGACGCCCUGCUGGCGGAGAGGGCUGCAAAGAACAGCAAACCCAUCAAGGUGACGCUGCCCGAUGGGAAGGUGGUGGAGGCCGAGUCCUGGAAGACCACGCCAUACCAGGUGGCCUGUGGAAUCAGUCAAGGCCUUGCCGACAACACGGUGAUUGCCAAAGUAAACAACGGUGUGUGGGACCUGGACAGACCUUUGGAGGAUGACUGCAGCCUUCAGUUGCUCAAGUUUGACGAUGAGGAAGCUCAAGCUGUUUACUGGCACUCCAGUGCGCACAUCCUGGGUGAAGCCAUGGAGAAGGUGUAUGGAGGAUGCCUCUGCUACGGCCCCCCCAUUGAGAACGGCUUCUACUACGACAUGUUCCUGGAGAACAAUGAGGGUGUAUCGAGCAAUGACUUCCCCUGUCUGGAGAACUUGUGCAAGAAAAUCAUCAAGGAGAAGCAGCCGUUUGAGAGGCUGGAGAUAAAGAAGGAGACGCUGUUGGAUAUGUUCAAGUACAACAAGUUUAAAUGUCGCAUUCUGAAUGAGAAGGUCACUACUCCCACUACCACAGUUUACAGAUGUGGCCCCUUAAUCGACUUGUGUCGGGGCCCCCAUGUGAGACACACUGGUAAAAUCAAGGCACUUAAGAUCCACAAGAACUCUUCUACAUACUGGGAGGGAAAGGCGGACAUGGAAACCCUCCAGAGGAUCUACGGGAUCUCCUUCCCUGACCCCAAAAUGCUGAAAGAGUGGGAGAAGUUUCAGGAGGAGGCCAAGAACAGAGAUCACCGCAAACUGGGCCGGGAGCAGGACCUGUUCUUCUUCCAUGACCUGAGUCCAGGGAGCUGCUUCUUCCUGCCUAAGGGAGCCUUCAUCUACAACAGCUUGAUUGAGUUCAUCAGAAGUGAGUACAGGAAGAGGGGCUUCCAGGAGGUGGUGACGCCCAACAUCUACAACAGCAAACUGUGGCAGACGUCCGGGCACUGGCAGCACUACAGCGAGAACAUGUUCUCCUUCGAGGCUGAGAAGGAAACGUUCGCCCUCAAGCCCAUGAACUGCCCUGGACACUGUCUGAUGUUUGAUCACCGGCCUCGUUCGUGGAGAGAGUUGCCCAUUCGCAUGGCCGACUUUGGCGUCCUGCACAGGAAUGAGUUAUCUGGAGCCCUGACCGGCCUCACGCGCGUCCGCCGCUUCCAGCAGGACGAUGCACAUAUCUUCUGCACUAUGGACCAGAUUGAAGAGGAGAUCAAGGGCUGCCUGGACUUCCUGAGGACCGUGUAUGACGUGUUUGGCUUCACUUUCAAACUCAACCUUUCCACGCGACCGGAGAAGUUCCUGGGAGACCCGGAAGUCUGGAACCAAGCGGAGAAGCAACUGGAGAACAGCUUGAACGACUUUGGAGAGAAAUGGGUUCUGAACCCGGGCGACGGAGCCUUCUACGGACCCAAGAUCGACAUUCAGAUUAAGGAUGCCAUUGGUCGAUACCAUCAGUGCGCCACAAUACAGCUGGAUUUCCAGCUACCCAUCCGCUUUAAUCUCACCUUUGUCAGCCACGAUGGUGACGACAAGAAGAGGCCGGUGAUCAUCCACAGAGCCAUCCUGGGGUCGGUGGAACGGAUGAUCGCCAUCCUGACGGAAAACUACGGAGGCAAAUGGCCCCUGUGGCUCUCUCCUCGUCAAGUGAUGGUUGUACCCGUGGGACCAACCUGUGAGGAGUAUGCUGAGAAAGUCAGGCAGGAUUUCCACAAGAGCGGCUUCAUGUCUGACGUGGACGUGGACCCCGGAUGCACCCUGAACAAAAAGAUCAGAAACGCACAGUUGGCGCAGUACAACUUCAUCCUGGUGGUGGGAGAGAAGGAGAAGACGAGUAACACUGUGAACGUACGCACCCGCGACAACAAGGUCCACGGCGAGCGCACUGUGGAGGAGUGCAUCGAGCGUCUGAAGGAGCUCAAGACGUCCAGGAGUCGGAACGCCGAAGAGGAAUUCUGAGCUUCGUCAAACGGGUUCUCACAACGGUACCUCACGUUUUCUCAAAAGGGCCAUUCGGUUAAAAUCUGUUCGUGAUGGGGGAUAAAACUGCCUUUAAAUCUUGACUAUUCUUUGCGGAAAUCAGACUUUUCUUAUACAAUUAUGUCCUGUUUUUUUUGUUUUUUUGUUAUUUGGGUCUUCCAUUGUCUGUUUGUAUGACAUCACUGUUGCUGUCCUCCAUAGAAUGAAGUGUAACUCAUGUCUUUUACUGCACUCUGCGUUGUGAGACUCAAAUGCAAUAAGGUCUUUCAGAACACCGCUGUCUCCGAGCUUUUCCACAUGUAUCGAACUGAUCAAAAACGGGAGAAAUGGGACGCACAACAGUGUGUCGGUCACUCAUUAUUUCUUCAGGGAACUGUAUGUGAGCUGCAAUUUUGAUAAUUAAACGAUCUAUUCUUGAUUCUUGA